UGUUGCACUUCUUAUCUGUGUACCUACCAUAUUUCCGAAUUCGAUAAGUUCUGAAGAAAUUAGGACAAAUUCAAUGAAUAGUUCAACUCGAAAAAUCACAGUCAAAUAGGAAGAAAUUUCAUGGGUGUUCAGAGCAGAAAACUGUAAAUUUUGUGUCUGUCAAUAUUGAAUACGUUUUUGUUUUUUUUACCAAGGACUAGAACUGUGAGCAAGGUUAACUGAUUUCAUUGUUUUUCAAUACCAUGAUCAAACACGAGAUUUCAAUUUUAGAAAUUUGUAAUUACCAAAAUUCUUGUAACAGGAAAUGAGAAGGAAAUAAAUAAUAUAUGUCGGGAAAAUCAAAAAGGUUAAAAAUCAGGACUAGAUGCAGCAGUGAUAAGACUGAAGGAAUUGUUUGAUAAGGAAUAUGAAAAAUCAGUGAAAAACAAUAAAAAUACCGAAGAACUGAAAAAAUAUAAAACUUCGUUCAAUAAUGGACCGAACCCCCAAACAAUUUUCAUCAACAACCCAAGUGGAGGAUGCAAAAGAACGUAUUGUAACUGUGACGGAUCUGAAAAAGAUUGCCAAAGAAGAUUUCAAGAUAUGGCUCUUUGAGAUGAGGAUGAGAAAGAGAGAAGCUUUUAAUUAUAAUAUGCCUAUACUUGAAACUUCUGAAAAAGACACAUCGGAAAACGGCACCUUGAAAAAGGACGCUUCGAAAAAGGAUACUUCGAAAAGGGACACUUCGAAAAAGGACGAAGAGGACUCUCAAUUAGUUGUAAUUGAUUUAACUGAAGAACCCGAGGAAGACGAUGAAGACAAGGCAAUUAAUGUUGAGACGGAAAUAGUUGAAGUAGACGAAAUGAAAGAUAAGGAAAUUGGAAUCCCCGGAAGCCAGAUUACCGAAAGGAUAAAAAAGAUAGAUGAGUUUGGGUACAUAGCAGACGAUGCUGAGCCCGUAGAGACUGCAGAUGGUCCCAAAGGGAAGUCAGGGGCCUUCCAGGCAGUUUUGGAGAAGAAGGAAAUUGGAGACGAUGCUGAUAAAAUAGAUCCGAACCAAUUUGGGACAGGAUCUCAUCGUCUUGUUCGAAUUUUGAACUAUUGUAUCAGUUCGAUAUCGAGACCCGUACAGAAAACUGGUUUAAACGUAUUGAAUAAUUGAAUGGAAAAAAACCUCUCUCUUCAUCUCUGAAAUGAGGCACUUCUGUACUAUAAUUAUUCACAGAAUUCAGGAAAAUAAGAACCUUAAUACCGAACCAUUCAUUCAAGGGCAUUGUCGUUCAUAUUAUAAUCUGCCACAAAAACUUGAAUAGAAUAGAGGUCAAGGCAAAGCAAAGACCUUUGGAAUGCAAAAUUCUGCAGCGAUCUGAUUAUGAUUUUUGACUAGGGCCUUGAAGGGCUCCUUAUCUGGUAGCACCCCAUUUCUUAGUAGGAAUGAAAUUAAGAGGUAUCUUUUAUGGUAGAAUCUUCAAAAAGCAUCAGGGCAUUAAAUGUGUCAAACAACUGAGUGUAUUUAUGAACUUCACCAGAAUAAUGAACUUUUUAUUACUUAUUCGUUAAUUCAAUUUUUCCUGUACAAUGAAAUAUUAUUUAUGUAUUUUUGUUGUUUCAGUGUGUAUUUAAUUAUUUAUUCUAUUCUUUUAUUGAUAUGAAUUGCCUAUUUUUGUAUCGUAAUAGUAAAGAAUGAAAUAUUUCACGUAUGUCAUAUAUAUGUAUAUAAAGUGAGUAAAAAUUAUUUAAAGGUAAA